CAUCAAAACAACAUCAAGUAGAAAUUGUUGGAUUGAUUUCAAAAAGGUGGGAAUAUGAGCAAGAGUUUCCAGUUCAGUACUGAUGCUUUGACGAAUGAUGAUGAUGUUGGGGAGGACAUUGAAUCAGAAUAUGAUAUUAAUCCAAGUCUGCUGAAUGCUAAAUAUUCAGGUUUCAAGAAACAAUAUGAAGAGGAAGAGGAGGAAGAAGAGGAAGAAAGUGAUAAUGAUUAUGAUGAUAGUACGAUAGAUGAUGUGAAGGAAACCAUGUACACUGGUGAUAUCAAUGCUAUAGAUGAAGGUGAUGAUGAUGUUAAUUACUAUUUGAAAUCAACACUUCGGAUAAUUUACAAAGUUAAACAAAAUUGGAUCAAGAUUUUAUUAUAUUUUUUGUUAUUCAUAACAAAUUUAGGUAUUAUAAGUUAUUUUAAUAGUAAUAAUGGGGGAAGUGGUGUUGGUGAUCAUAAUGAUAUUAUAAAUAUUCGAAAUUUUGGUGAUCUAACUAAAAACAUACAACAUUUACAAUAUCAAAUCAAUGAAAUCAAUCAAAAGCAAAAAACCAAGCUACAUGAGUUUAAAAAUUAUUUAGAUUUGAAACUUGAUGAGUUUAGUUUAAAUUUUAAAAAAAUUGAUAAAGAUAUUGAAGAUUUGAAAAGGGAAAAUAACAAGAUAUUGGAUAGGGUUAACAAGAUAAAUAUUGGAGAUAUUGAAAUUUCUAAUGAUAAAUUACCAAUUUUAUUAGAUGAACAUAAUAAUAUCAAGGUUAUACCUGAAUUUUCAAGUUUUUUACAAAAAAAAAUUCAAGAUAUUAUAGAUGGAGAAAUUAAUGGAUCAAAAUUCAAAUUGAAUUAUAAAAGUUUUAUUGAAAAUCAUGUUGAAGAUAUAAUAAAUUCCAAAGUUGGGUUUAUGAAUAAAGAAGAGAUUUUGUCAUUAAUUACUUUACAAUUUCAAGAAAAUAAGAAAAAAUUGAUUAAUGAGAUCAAAUCAUUAACAAGAGUUAAUAAUAUUCCACAAAAAUUAGUGGAAACGGUUAAAGUUAAAAAACCUAAUGGUAAAAUAAAUUAUGGACAAGCUAUAUCAGGAGCUAGAAUUAUAAAUUAUUUAACAUCCAAGACUUUUAAACCAAGAUUUAAAAAGGGAUUAUGGGAUAUACUUGGGCUCAAUAGUAAUCAUGAUGAUAGUAAUGAAGUUGAAAUUUAUGAAAAUACAUCCCCAUUUAUUGUAUUAACAUCAGAUGAAGGAUAUUGGAGAAGUUCACAAAUUGAAAAUACACAAUUAAGUAUCAAAUUUUUAGAACCUAUUUAUAUGAAUGAGUUUCAAUAUUGUCAUGGGGAUGUCUUGAAUGGUGGUAUAAUUACUAGUUGUCCAAAGCAUUUAUCAUUAUAUGUUCAAAUGGAAGGUGGUGAAGCUAUGGGAGAUGAAGAGAUUCAAGGACAUUUUAAGAUUAGUGAGAUGGUUUAUGAUGUUAAUAAAUCAGAACAAGAGGAACAAGGUUUUGAAAUACCAGAAGAAGUUCAACGGAAAUUGGUUAAAUCUGUAAUCAUUGUGGCUAAAGAUAAUUAUGGGAAUGAGUUUUACACUAGUUUCCACAAGUUUAAAGUGUAUGGUAUGACUAAAUUUGAUUUAUACUCUGUGAAGAAGAUCUUGAACAAUGAUGAAAUAGAUGAUGCUAUCAAGAGACAAUACCAAGCCAAUGGAGUUAAAAGUUUUGGAGAUGAUCGAGUAGUGUAUAGCUGAGAAUGGGAAUGUUAUUGUUUGUGUGUUUUUAUUUCCGAAAGGGGAAGUCUAGCGUUUAAAACCGUUGGGAAAUGAUAACGAAAAGUUUCAAAUUUACAGGUGAAAUUUUGGAAUUUGCAAGAGAAUGAUGAAACAAAAGAGAAACAAAAGAGUGACAAGAGUCUUGUGUAUGGUGGAUUUGAUGGGUGUAUUGGGGUAAUUUAGUUUAGUUUGGAUUUAAUUUGUAGUUGUGUUUUUGGGUGUAGAUUGUUAAUAAGCCUGUAAUUCGUUUAAUAGUAGUUGUGGGUAUUAUUAACCGUUUCUUCCUGUUGAGAUAAAUAGGCAUCGACAUCCAUUUGAUCCAUUGAAUCAAUAUAAU